GUCGUUAUUCUAUCUGUGGUUGGAAGUAAAUCUGUUGCUGAAGAAGGAAAACAAAUAUGGCGGCGGUGGAGUUAGACUGGAUCCCUGAAACACUGUACAACACUGCUAUAUCUGCAGUGGUGGACAACUACAGUCGAUCUAGAAAGGACAUUCGCUCCCUUCCUGAAAAUAUACGGUUUGAUGUGUAUUAUAAGCUAUACCAACAGGGCCAGCUAUGCCAGCUGGGAGGGGAGUUCUGUGAGCUGGAGGUUUUUGCCAAAGUUCUACGAGCUUCUGACAAAAGACACCUGCUACACCACUGUUUCCAGGCCCUGAUGGACCAUGGAGUGAAGGUGGCCUCCGUCCUGGCCAACUCCUUCAGCCGUCGCUGCUCCUACAUUGCAGAGUCAGACGCCCACGUCAAAGAGAAGGCCAUUCAGUUCGGCUUCAUUUUAGGUGGCUUCCUGUCUGACGCAGGCUGGUACUGUGAUGCAGAGAAGGUGUUCCUGUCGUGCCUGCAGCUGAGCACGCUCCACGACGAGGUGCUGCACUGGUACCGAGCUGUGGAGUGCUGCGUCAGGCUGCUCCAUGUCCGUAAUGGGAACUGUAAAUACCACCAAGGAGAAGAGACAUUCAAGCUGGCCCAGUCCUACAUGGACAAACUAGCCAAACACGGCCACCACGCCAACAAAGCAGCCCUGUAUGGAGAGCUGUGUGCCUUGCUCUUUGCCAAGAGUCACUACGAUGAGGCCUACAGGUGGUGUAUAGAAGCCAUGAAGGAGAUCACAGAGGGCCUGCCUGUCAAAGUGAUGGUGGAUGUCCUCAGGCAAGCCUCCAAGGCCUGUGUUGUGAAGAGGGAGUUCAGGAAAGCCGAACAGCUGAUUAAACACGCUGUGUUUCUGGCACGGGAGCAUUUUGGACAAAAGCAUCCCAAAUACUCAGACACUCUGCUGGACUAUGGCUUCUACCUCCUGAACGUAGAUAACAUCUGCCAGUCAGUGGCCAUCUACCAGACGGCUCUGGACAUCAGACAGUCUGUAUUCGGGGGGAAGAACAUCCACGUAGCGACGGCUCACGAAGACCUGGCUUACUCCUCCUACGUACACCAGUACAGCUCAGGGAAAUUCGCCAACGCUCUAUUCCAUGCAGAACGUGCCAUAGACAUCAUAACUCACAUACUCCCUGAAGACCAUCUACUACUGGCCUCCUCCAAGAGGGUCAAAGCUCUGAUCCUGGAGGAGAUCGCCAUCGACUGCCACAACAAGGAGACGGAGGAACGCCUGCUGCAGGAGGCCUAUGACCUGCACCUGUCCUCUCUGCAGCUGGCCAAGAAAGCCUUCGGAGAGUUCAACGUCCAGACAGCCAAACACUACGGAAACCUGGGACGGCUCUACCAGUCCAUGAGGAAGUUCAAGGAGGCUGAAGAGAUGCACAUCAAGGCCAUCCAGAUCAAGGAGCAGCUUCUGGGGCAGGAGGACUAUGAGGUGGCUCUGUCUGUGGGUCAUCUGGCCUCGCUCUAUAACUAUGACAUGAACCAGUAUGAAGAUGCUGAGAGACUCUACCGACGGUCCAUCUCCAUCGGUAAGAAACUAUUCGGCGAGGGCUACAGCGGUCUGGAGUACGACUACCGGGGGCUGAUCAAACUCUACAACUCAGUAGGGAACUAUGAGAAGGUGUUUGAGUAUCACAACGUCCUGUCCAACUGGAACCAGCUCCGGGAUAGGCAGUUUGCUGUGGCGGACGCCCUAGAGGAUGUUAAUACUAGUCCCCAGCAGACACAGGAAGUGGUACAGACCUUCCUACUGGCCCAGAGCUAUGGGCCUUCACGAGCUUGCCUGGGCUGAGACACACACACACAGCAAGAAGCAUCCAGGAUGGGACUAUCUACUAACUAUUUAUUUGACUUCUCUAAGAAGAGAACAGAGAUUUAAAAAAAAAAAAAAAAGAGUUACUGUUUCAUCAUGGAAAUCUCACAAACCACCACUUUUUUUUUAUUUUUAUCAAGUUAAUUUUCUUACUUUUGUCUUAUUUUAUUUUAAUUUAAUUUGGGGGUUUUGAUAACUUAUUUUGUAUCUGAACCAGUGUAGCUCUGACCACCAGGAGAAUGUUCUGUGUCUCACUGUCACUCUCUCCGUAGGAGACAUGGAAUACCCUACUAUAUUAUUUUGUCACCUCAGCCCCCUCGUCGUAGUCAACGGCCAGGGGAUAGUGCGUGGUUUAGAACGCAGACUGAGAAAUGUUUUUACCCAGGUGUCACCACAAAGGUAGGACAAUUUAAACUAAAAUGUGCCAUGAUCUAUAUACGUAUACACAUCAUGACUGAUAGGGGGCGCUGUGUUGAAGUCACGUGCCAACAACAUAGCACUCUCCAACCAUUGCAAAAAAAAAAAAAUUGGAGGCUAAAGAAAUGCAUUAAUGUCUACAUUUUGUUUUUGCCACAGUUAUUCAAUUAAACACCUUAAUGCAUACCUUUUUAAAUUGAGAUAAAAAAAAUGUAAAAUUGUAUUUUCUUCAAAGUAUAAUUUUUUGUUUUAAGUUCUAAUGUUAUUGUCCCCACUAUAACAAAAUUCCUAAAUAUGUGAUUUUUGUCCUUGAGAGACAUUGUUAAUUGAAAUACUGAAGAAUUCCAUUCAUUCCUAUGGAGGACUGCUUCUUCUGUACUAAUAUGGCCGACCGGUGGCUUUAAAAGCCUCUCAUUGGCCAAUACACAGCAUCUAUACAUCAUUGGCCAAUACACAGCAUCUAUACAUCAUUGGCCAAUACACAGCAUCAGCAAUCCAGCGGUUUUCUUUUCUUCUUUACAUCAUUGGUCAUGAGCUUGUUGUGACUAAUACAGUGAACAAUGUUGUAGGUUUAACCCAUCCGUUUGUUGUGUUCUAUAACAAACACUUCAGUUCCUUUUUACAGAUUAACUCUGGUCCUCAAAAGUAUGGGAGGUCAUUUUUUUUGAAGGAUGGAUUUGACUUUUAAAUUUUUUUUUUUUUAAAAACUUUUAGACCAUUUGUUGGAGGGGGAUAGUAAAUCAGUGGGUUUAAUGUUACUCUAGUCACAUGACUUUUUAUUUUGUUUCAUUUGAAACAAUUCAUUUGCUUUCCAUGCAGCGUAGUUCUGACAGCUUAAUUUAAAUGACAAUAUUAUAAUUUAUAUGCAGUGUUUUUUUUUUUGUUUUUUUUAAAGCCCAAUGCUAUGAUUUCAGAAGGAUGAGCCAAAUUGAUUUGUGACCUAAGGUGGGAGACCAGUGUCCUCUCAGCACCAUCCUGCAGCCUCAAAAGGUUCCCCCCCCUCUUUUUACAUUGGAGUGAGUUUACAAGCAAUCCUCCCCUUGCCUGCCUCGUCAGAACCACAUUGGAAGUGUGUAGGGGUUGACAUUGGGUUAAAAGCCACAGACUUUUUUUUUUUUUCUCGCUUUUGCUAGAUUACAUGUCACACCUUUUUGUCUUAACUGUGGAGUCAAUGAUUUUUCUCCCUCCCUCUAAAAGCGCUGUAGGUUUCUGGAUGUCUGUUUUUGUGCUCGUAGUGUGUCUGCCGGAGGCAGUGUUACUACUGUCUGCCCCGUGCUGAAGUCCAAGCCUUAGCCCUUAAAGGACACCCAGCUGCAGCAGUGCACUGACCUUCUCGGGCUCCAACUACCCCCCCCAGACAGGCUGUCUGUAGGAAAAGCAAAAGACUUCACCUCAAGACCUUAACUAUUGGAGUAGACAUUACAGUACCUACCUGCCAGGGACCAUUUGACCAGCAGGUAAUUAAACUUUUUUUUUUUUUUUUUUUUUUUUACGAGGCAAGUCGGUUCAGAACAGAUUCCUAUUUACAAUGAGGGCCUAGGAACAGUGGGUUAAUGACUGAUUUCUACCUUGUCAGCUCGGUUGAUUUGAUCUAGCAACCUUUUCGGUUAUUGGCACAACGCUCUAACCACUAGGCUACCCUGCCGCCUCCCUAAUGCUGCUACAAGGUCUCAAGUGACCAACUGACCACUCUCUCUCUCUCUCUCUCUCUAGAACUAAACAUCUAUUCUAGAACUAAACAUCUAUUCUAGAACUAAACAUCUAUUCUAGAACUGUGGAAGGAAUGAAAUAGAAUGCACCCGGACCAUAUUAUAGACACCUUUUUGGAAUGUGUGUGCGGGAAGACCUUUUUUUUUUUUAUAUAAAGAUGUGUGUGUAUCAUGUGACAAAAUAGUGGUGGUCCACAAUGUGACCUGCUGUGUUUUUUUUGAAAGGGAACAGGAGACCAGCUGGGUUGAGGAGAGGGUGUGUGGGGGAAGGGGACUUCCUGGUUUGAUAAAGAUGGAUGACGAGUGUAAAGGAAAAAUUAUAAAUAAAUGAAAAAAAAGAGUGGAAGUACAGUU